AUGUCGUUCAAUUAUUCUUCAAUUGUUGAUGAAAACCUUUCUCGUGAUGAUCCUUUAUUUUGGAGUCGUCCAACACCUGUUGAUUGUAAUACGAUUCGAAUUAUGGGCAUAUUUUUAUGUAUUGCUGCAUUUAUUGGUAUUGUUUUUAAUGGAGCUCUAUUUUAUAGUUUUGUACGAUACAAAACUCUUCGUUCACCGCCAAAUAUAUUCGUUAUGUUUAUUGUCGGACUGGGUCUUAUUGCAUCAUGUACAAUUCUUCCAUUGACAGGUACAUCUUCAGUUUAUUGCCAAUGGUUAUAUAAACGUGCAGGUUGCCAAUUAAGUGCUAUUGUUGCAUUUUUAUAUGGAUGUUCAAGUUCAUAUUUACUUUGUGCAGCAAGUCUUAGUCGAUGUUAUAUUAUUGUUCGACCAUUUCAAGCUAAAUAUAUAACUGUGAACAAAUGUACUAUCGUUUCAUGUAUUGCAAUAUUUAUUGCUUUUAUUUGGACUAUGUUACCAGUUAUGGGAUGGAAUGAAUAUACAAUGGAGGGUGCUCGUACUUCUUGUUGCAUUAAUUGGUACGAUCGACGUACUUCCUAUAUUGCAUUUCUGUUCUUUCUUUUCAUUGUUGUCUAUUGCGUUCCACUUAUAAUUCUCAUUAUUGUCAAUACAAUUACUAUGCUUGGACUUAAACGAAUGCGUGAAAAAAUUGAAAAUGGUAUUCAAACAGUAUUCAAUCGAAAACGUAUUGAAAUGGAACGACGUAUUCUUAAAAGUAUUAUUAUUACAACAAGUGGUUUUGCUUUUACAUGGACUCCUUAUGCAGUGACACUUUUUGUCUCGGCAUUUCGAGGUAAAGAUUAUGCCAUAUCACCAAUGGCUACUUUUUUUUGUGCAUGUUUUGCUAAAACAUCAGUUAUAUGGAUUCCAAUGUUUUAUGUUUUUACAUCGACUCAGUUUCAAUUGAAUUUUAUCAAUCGAAAUGCAUUAGAUCAAUCAAUUGGAAUAACACGAGUAGAUGCAAAAUUAGCUAAUGCACCUAUAUUACCUCAAAAAAAUGGUCAAUUGAUAUUGAAACCUGUUACUGAGAACAAUCAUGACACAUAG